UGACGUGGGUGCUCCUUCUUUGUCUUUUCCCAAUAAAACUGUUUUCAGCAUAUGAUACCGAUGAUGCAUAUGUCCCAAGGGUUGUGUAUCCCGGGCUUAUUCGACCAAUGGGAUCCCCUGAUAUAAGAAUAAUUUCACUUACUCGAGUUUUGGAUGAACAAAAAUUAGUGACAAUAUACACCGCUAAAUUUGAAGCACCUAACGAUGUUAAAUUUGAGUUGGGCGAGUAUAUUUUCAGCAUUAUACACGAAAAUAAUGAAAAUAUAUUCGAAGUCGUUGUAAAAGUGCCUAAAAACCAGCUAUCAUACAACCCAAGUAUAAGUGCCAGGACAUCAACUGAAAACAUAACUGUUUACAUGAAGGCUUCAUCAAUACAGAAUACAUUGCAGACCGAUUUUGAUAUAUCUAGUUGUCAGUAUCAGCUAUCACAGAAUAUAACAGAGACGUCUGCAGGUGGAUAUGUGAUUACGUAUCAAGCAAUAGUCACUGGCUGUACAAUGGAAGAUGCUGACAUUUUCGAGUAUUUUGUGGUCAGGUUAAAUGGUUUAGAUUCCAUUCCUGACGGAACAGAUCAGAGAAAUAUUGACAGAAAGUACACUGAUAAAUACUUUAACCAAACAUCGAAAUACAGUAAUUACGAUGAAAAAUACGAAACUGUGGUCACAUGUUCCAUCAAUUUGUCCACUAUGCAGGCUGAUGACGUAGAAAUAGCAGGAAUUUACUUUAAUUUCUUAUCGGUAUCUUUAAAUUUUGAAAACCUUGUCGCUUCUAUACGACUCCAAAUAAGAGGAUAAUUUCCAAGAUACGAAUCGAUCGCGUUCUUCUUAGUUCCUAAUGCAAUACUUCUUUUAGUUUUCUUCUGUUUGUUUUGUUCAACUCUUUACAUUUAUCAAUAACACUCUUUAUAAUA